GUUUAUGUUCCAUAGAAUAUCUGUGUGAAAAUAACCAUGUUCUCAGAGGAGUAAAUACAAGAUCUAUACAGAAUAAAUACACAGCAAUUUGGAGGAAGGUGAUAACUGGGGGAAUCUGAAAGACCCCUUGAAGGAUACAGUACUUCAGCUGAGCUCUAAAGGGAACUAGGAAUUCCAAGAGGUAGAAAUGAGAAGGAAGAACAUUCCAGUCAUUGGGGGGGUGGCCUAUUCAAAGGCACAGAGGCAGAAGAUGGCACAAUCUGGCUGUAGUAUAGAGUGUGUGAGUAGGGGGAAGAUGUAAUCAGCCCAGAAAGAUAGUUUGGAGUGAGAGUGUUAAGGGCCAGAAGAGAUUAUAUUUUAUCCUAAUGGUAAUAGGGAAUAACUAAAGCUUCUCCAGCAGAGGAGUGACAUGGUCAGACCUAUGCUUUAGGAAUAUCAAUUUGGCAGUUGCAAGGAGGAUAUUGGAAAGGGAAGAGUCUAAAGGGCCAAUAUGUUGACUACUGCAAUAGUGGAGGUGAGAAGUGAUAAGGGCUUGAACUAGGGUGAUUAUUAUGAGUAGAGAGAAGGGAACAGAUGCAUGAGAUAUUGUAAAAGUGUAAUCAAUAAGAUUUGGCAACUGUUUGCAUAUGGGACUGAGAAUGAAGAGUCAAGAAUGAUUCCUAGGCUGUACAGCCUAGGUAACUGGUGGGGUGGGGGUAGGGCCUAGGUUGCCAAUUUAAGGUUUCCUGCUGACCACCCUUCCUCCUUGCCUCCAGAGCCACCCUGCUCUGGGCCCCAUGGAGUUUGCCCUGCUGAGUGAGGCUGAGGCCAGGAGCCCUGCACUGUCUCUGUCUGACGCCGGCACUCCCCACCCCCCUCACCCGGAGCACAGCUGCAAGGGCCAGGAACAUAGCGAUACGGAGAAGGCCCCACCUCAAUUGCCCGGAGGGUCCCCAACUGAGGAUGGCUCCCUAAAGAAGAAGCAGCGACGGCAGCGAACGCAUUUCACCAGCCAGCAGCUGCAGGAGCUGGAAGCGACCUUCCAGCGAAACCGCUACCCGGACAUGAGCACCCGAGAAGAGAUUGCAGUGUGGACAAACCUCACCGAGGCUCGAGUUCGGGUAUGGUUCAAGAAUCGCCGGGCCAAGUGGCGGAAGCGAGAGAGGAGCCAGCAAGCUGAGUUGUGCAAAGGCGGUUUCGGGGCGUCGCUGGGCGGGCUGGUGCCUCCCUACGAGGAGCUGUACCCCGGGUACUCCUACGGGAACUGGCCGCCCAAGGCCUUGGCCCCGCCGCUUGCAGCCAAGACCUUUCCGUUCGCCUUCAACUCGGUCAAUGUGGGCCCCCUGGCCUCGCAGCCUGUGUUCUCUCCUCCCGGCUCCAUCGCCACCGCUGCCUCCAUGGUACCCACAGCUGCUGCGGGCGCUGCGGGCGCCGUGGCUGGCCCAGGAAGCCUGCAGGGAUUGGGCGGGGGUCCUGCGGGGCUGGCCCCGGCUGCCGUGUCUUCGGGGGCGGUGUCUUGCCCCUACGCCUCAGCAGCCGCCGCAGCCGCCGCUGCCUCCUCCCCUUACGUAUAUAGGGACCCGUGUAACUCAAGCCUGGCCAGUCUGCGGCUCAAAGCCAAACAGCACGCCUCCUUCAGUUAUCCCGCAGUGCCCGGACCGGCCCCUGCCGCCAACCUCAGCCCGUGCCAAUACGCCGUGGAGCGGCCAGUAUGA